AGAGGGGGCGCUUGACGUGAGACAAAAGAAGCGUGGACUCUUUCUGGAAAGCAAGAAGCAGCAGGAGGAAGAAGUUUUGGAGUUUGAAGUCACUUUUUUUUGGACGCGAGAACCGGAAGAAAGAGUCGUAGAGUGAAACAAAAAGUCGCCAAAAGACUCAAAGUCAUCACUUUCCUCCCUGACAAGCUCCACUGCUAAACACAGCGAUGGCGCCAUCUCUCCUCCAGGCCUACAGGAGGCGCUGGUGGAUGGCGGUGACGGCAGUGAUAGAGAACCUGCUGUGUUCUGCCGUGCUCUUGGGCUGGGGCUCGCUGCUCAUCAUGCUGAAGCGAGAGGGCUUCUACUCGCACCUCUGCUCAGCCAACGACUCGGUGCUGGUGUCUUUGGGCAACUCCUCGGACGGCGAGGUGGAGGAGUGGCUGAGCUGCGUGGACCAGGAAGAGAUGCUCAACUUGGGCUUCACCAUCGGCUCCUUCCUGCUCAGCGCCACCACCCUUCCACUCGGGAUCCUGAUGGACAAGUUUGGGCCACGCCCCAUUCGCCUGACGGGCAGCUUUUGUUUUGGUUUUUCCUGCAUCAUCAUGGCCGUGUCUUCCUACGACCCUCACACGCUCUCCGCCCUCAUCUUCCUGGCGCUGUCCUUGAACGGCUUCGGGGGCAUCUGCCUGACCUUCACCUCGCUCACGCUGCCCAACAUGUUCGGUGCCCUGAGCUCCACCGUCAUGUCCUUGAUGAUUGGCUCCUACGCCUCGUCUGCCGUCACCUUCCCUGGGGUCAAGCUGAUCUACGAUGCAGGCGUAUCCUUCCAGGUGAUCAUGUGGGUCUGGGCGGGCCUGGCCGCUUUCGUCUUCUUCAACUGCUUCCUAAAUUGGCCCACAGAAGGUUUCCCCACGCCCGAAGAGGUGGACUACAGUAAGAUCCUCACGCUGCAAGAGCUGCCGUCGUCGGACCAGAAGAGCGCUGGAGAGAGGCUGAGGGAACAAAAUGGAGACCUCCAACACUCCACAGAGAAACUUCCCAAUGGAGGCGAUGUUGCGAGCAACGCCGUCCCGUUCCGGCGCUCCGUCUUCUCGCCCAUCUUCCUGUGGAGUCUGGUGACCAUGGGGAUGUCCCAGCUGAGGAUCAUCUUCUUCAUGGGCGCCAUGAACAAGAUGCUGGAGUUCAUGGUGACGCACGGCCAAGAGCACCCUUCUGACCAGUUGGUCGCUGAGAGCGCAGAGAAAGUGAGCUUCUACUCGUCCAUAUUCGGCACGCUGCAGCUGCUGUGCUUGGUCACGUGUCCUUUGAUCGGUUACAUCAUGGACUGGAAGAUGAAGGAGUGCGAGGAGGAGAAGCCCUUCUCGGCAGGAACGGAAAAAAGCCAAUCAAGCGGACCCAAGCGAGACCGUAAGAUCCAGAAAGUGACCAACGCCAUGAGGGCCUUCAUCCUCACCAACCUGCUCCUCAUCGCUUUCGGAUGCUGCUCCCUCAUCGACUGCCUUCCGCUUCAGAUCCUGACCUUCAUUCUCCACACCAUGGUCCGAGGCUUCAUCCACUCCUGCUGCGGAGGUCUCUAUGCUGCUGUAUACCCGUCCAACCACUUUGGAACGCUUACCGGCCUCCAGUCCAUGAUCAGCGCCGUGGUGGCUCUUCUCCAGCAGCCCCUCUUCAUCGCCAUGGUCGGCCCGCUUCAAGGAAACCCUCACUGGAUCAACGUGGGCCUGCUGGUGCUCUCCCUGGCCGGCUUCCUGUUGCCUGGUUACCUCUUCUACCACCGCAGGUCCUUGGUGAGGGAGAAGAAGGCCCGAGACAAGAGGGCCGCCGGCCAGGAGAUGCAAGCGCUCAACCACACGGACGCCAACGGCUACGACAAGCACCACAGCAACGGCCAGGCAGCGGUCCAGGCUUAGGAAGCAAGGAUUUGGGGAAUUUCAGGAUUUUUUUUUUGUAUGUGCCUUCAUAACGAGCAGAAUUAGAUUUAUUUGGACAAUAGAUGUCAUUAUAAACACUAUUAUACGUGAAAAUAGGAACGCCCCCUCCCCGAAAGCCGCCCGUGUGCCGUGUGGAUGCCGUGGUGUGAUGUGGGGACUAACAGUGUUUAUUUAUUUUGUGGGGGACGUCACAGAGCCAAACCAGUGCGAUCCAAAGCCAUACAUACUGUAGGUUCGACCCGACAAGACGAUGCAAAGACACGCCGGCGUCCCCGAGGUGGCCCGCCGUUACUCUGCGGACAUCACGGUACUUGAAACCCUUCAAAGACAAAUCAUGGCUAACACCAAAGAGCAGCUUGGAUCGUCGUAUUGUUUGAGCGCGCAGAAUGAAGUCUAUAUAGCGUGUGAUUAAUCGUGAAUAAUUAAUCAUGCUCUUUCUACAGAGGUCCGCUUCGUAAACGUCGGGAUGCUACGAAGCAUCUUUUUUUUUUUUUUAGAGACAUUUCAAGCACGUUGAAUCUGCACAUAGGCUGGUUGUAGAGACGCCAUAUCUACCUCCUCCAUUUCCUCCUUUGUACCGUCUCUCUGCAGCCCACGACGCCGUCUGUCCGUCCUUUUUUUUUUUUUUUUCACAAAUGAAAAAUUCCCAGUCCGCAAACACCAUCAUUGCAUCAUCGUGUGGCUCACAGCGGAGCCGAAUGAACCCUUGGCAUUAAUAUUUUGUAUAUGAAUAUGACUGAUAUUCAUGUGUACGUGUUAUUGAAACACUUUGUACUGCUUUUAUGCACAGAAAUGAGCUAGUGUGUGUAUAAAAUAUGUAUUGAAAGUGUAUUUUUUUAUACUUUAGCUGCAGUAGCAUUAAAGAAAAAAAAAAAAAGGGAAGCAUUGGUUGGAGUGGCGGCCGAUGUUUUGUAGUAUGCGAAGAUGAUUGCCUGCUUUAAAAGCCUUUUGUUGUCGUGUUGAUUCUCGAGUAACAAUCCUGCCAAAACUGUUGUGUAAAUAGUAGCGAGGCGAGCGUUUAUAUGCUGAUAUAGUCCGCUGGCUUUACCAUAUAUGGUGUGUGUGUGUGUACAGUAUGUUGCAGUGUGUGAACAAGGUGAUGCCGGCUGUGUUUUAUGAUAGUUUAUAUGAUUAAAAUAAGCCGAGAAGCCACGUGAGCUGUAUUAGGACGCAGCUUGGAAUUAUGCAAUCAGUUUGUAAAGAGUGAUUUGUGUUUUAUUUUUUUUCUCGACUAUGCAUUUCCGUGUUUGUAUGUGUUGAAUACAUGCCAUCUUUGAUCAUUUCCUACAUUUUAUUCUGAACCGUGUCUAAACUCGGUGCCUUUGCCCGACCGACUCGAAGGUGUCGGCGGUGUUGAUUUAGCAUUCCUGCAGUUUAUCAAAAAAACGCGGAUCGCUAAAUCCGAUCUAUUUCAUUACAACCCAUGCCACUGUUUGUUCCGAGGUAGGAAAGUUUUGCUCCUGACAUUUAAUCAGCACCUCUGACGACGUCCUUUGCCGUGUAUUUUAUCAUUCAUUAUGUAAUCCCAUUGGUAUUACUACUACUCUAUGCUUGUCUAUUAGCAGCAAUCAUGUAAUCAAGCAUUUGGUGCAUUUCAUCAACCAAUAAAAUGUAUGAAAGAA